AUGCCUCAUUCUCACGCCCACCAUCCCAACAGCGCCUCCGCAAGACGGUCCCCCUCGCUCAACCGAUCCUUUACGCUGUCCACAGCCCACGUCGACGCCCACAGCCGGGCGCCAUCCGAGGGCAUGGAAAAGUUCCCCGACCACAUCGACGCCCACCUCACCACGAGCCUGCCGUCUCGGGGCACCAGUCCGGCGCGGGGCCAUGGCUAUGCGAGCGCCAACGGCCUCGACGGACCGCGCGACAACUGGCAGCCGCGAAGAGAGAGCCGUGUCCGCUUCGGCCCGCCAGGUCAGCCAGGCCAACCGCCCGUCACGCCGCACGCCCGCGGCGGCCACGGUCGCCAGAAGAGCCUCAGCGACGCCUUUCGCACCAUCCGUUCUAGGCAGGGGAGCGUCAGCCAGAACGCACACGAGAUCGCCGACGCCCUGCGUGCGCCUGUCUCGCCCACCUUGGUCAUCCUCUGCCUGCUGUGGUACGCCUCGUCCGCGUUGACCAACACAUCCUCCAAGUCCAUCCUGACGGCCUUCGACAAGCCGGCCACCCUGACCCUCGUGCAAUUCGCCUUUGUCGCCACCUACUGCCUGCUGUUCGCCUGGCUCGCCUCCGUCUUUCCCCAGCUGAAGACCAGCAUCCCGGCCCUGAAGCACGGCAUCCGAUACCCGACCCACGACGUCAUCAGGACGACGGCGCCCCUCGCUGCCUUUCAGAUCAUCGGCCACCUCCUGAGCUCCUCGGCCACCUCCAAGAUCCCCGUGUCGCUCGUCCACACCAUCAAGGGGCUCUCGCCCCUCUUCACCGUCCUCGCCUACCGCUUCGUCUUCAACAUCCGCUACUCGCGCAACACGUACCUCUCGCUCGUGCCGCUGACCCUGGGCGUCAUGCUCGCCUGCUCCGGCAAGCACACGGCCUACGGCGGCGAGCUCGUCGGCGUCAUCUACGCCUUCCUCGCCGCCAUAGUCUUCGUCACCCAGAACAUCUUCUCCAAAAAACUGUUCAACGAGGCCGCCAAGGCCGAGGCCGCCGGCCUGUCGGCGCGGUCGCAAAAGCUGGACAAGCUGAACCUCCUGUGCUACUCCUCCGGCAUGGCCUUUGUCAUCACCGUGCCCAUCUGGUUCUGGAGCGAGGGCCUCGGCAUCCUGCGCGACGUCCUGCACGACGGCGCCGUCGACCUCCGCCAGAACGCCGAGGCCUUUGACCACGGCCGCCUGGCGGUCGAGUUCUUCUUCAACGGCACCUUUCACUUUGGCCAGAACAUCCUCGCCUUUGUGCUCCUGUCGCUCGUGUCGCCCGUCACCUACUCGGUCGCGAGCCUGCUGAAGCGCGUCUUCGUCAUCGUCAUCGCCAUCCUCUGGUUCAAGGGCUCGACGACCCCCGUCCAGGGCCUCGGCAUCGCCCUCACCUUUCUCGGCCUCUACCUCUACGACCGCACCCACGACCGCGAAAAGGCCGACCACAAGGCCAGCAUGCUCGAAAUCAAGGUCGAGCCCCUGCUGCCCCUGAACACGCGCGACCUCGCCUCGAGCCAGAACGCCCCCGUCUUUGACAGCCCCAUCACGUCGGCGUCGGCGUCGGCCACGGCCAUGGCGGCGGCGACGACGGCGGCGCUCAACGGCAACGGACUCUACGACGUCCAGAAGAAGACGGAAGAUGCCCCCGGCAGCAGGACGCCGGGGGAGGGCAAAACGGCAUGGCUCGCCCGCGGUACGAGACAGGAGGACACGUGGCGGGUGGGCGAUAGUCGGGCUGGCUUAUGA